AUGGAUUGCAAAGAAGAAAAAACAGCAAAGUCACAGAUUGAAGAUCAUGAAGCAACAAAUUCAGGAGAAACUGUAAAGAUUAACGAAGUGAUCAUUACACCAAAAGUUGUAACCAUCGACAAUCAUUCAAAUAUAGAAAGUCCAGCUGUGGAAAUAAUGAGAAAUGAACCAGUGAGGGAAGCGACGGCGAUAAUAAUUAUAGAGCUAACUGAAGAAAAGUUCAAAUGCCGACCAGUAGCGUUUCUGUUGGGACUUCCAUUUGCCCUAAUCUCUGUCGUCAUCGCUUUUGUUGGAGGCAUUAUCUGGAUUAUCGGGCUAAUGUUGACAUGCCUAUGCCCCUGUUGCUUCUGUGUGACUCUCUUGCCAACUGUGUCGGCUGAACUGGCUCUUAGUUUAGUGAAUGCUCCUUUUGCCUUCUUCCAGUAUAUCACUGAUAAAAUACCUUUCUGAAGACCCUUUUAUAUGGGAUUUUAUAAAGUGACUGCUCAAUCUUGCACCAUCCCAAGCUAUUGAAUAUUAUCCCAUCUUCGCCCAUAGAAAAAGAAAAGAACAGAUUAUAAAGAGAUGUGUGUUAUAUGCCCAGCCUUCAAUUUUUUUUGUUUUGAUGUUUCUCUUUUGGUCUCUUCAAGUUGAAGUUUACUACUACUAUAUCCAAUAAAAUAUUUACUUGGUUUGGUUUG